GCGGAGCGAGCAGUGAUUGCUGAGAGGCUGAGAAUGGGGGGCAGCGGGUGGCUCUGUGCCCUGCUCUGUGCCCUACAGGUUGUGUGCUCCCUGAGUUCUGAUGCUCCUGGAUGUGUCCCUGGCUUUUCCUCUGGUGACUACACAUUCCAUGUUAACCGCCGGGAGCUGGAGCGGGGCAGGAAGGUGGGCAGAGUAAGUUUCACAGACUGCACGGUGUGGAAAAACGGUGUGUUUGACGUGGGAGAUUCCAGGUUUCACGUACGGAAUGACGGCACAGUCUUGGUGAAACGCCACGUCAAACUGCAUGCCAAAGAUGUGAAGUUUCUAAUCAGCACCUGGGAUGUCCUUGGAAAGAAAUCUACUGCCACAGUCACUGUGGUGAGCAGGCGCAAUGCCAAGGAUUCUCCACCGCCCCCAGUGUUAACCUUUCCAGAGAAACGUCGUGGACUUCAGAGAAGAAAGAGGGACUGGGUUAUUCCUCCCAUCAAAGUGUCGGAGAAUGAGCGCGGUCCAUUUCCUAAACGCCUGGUGCAGAUUAAAUCCAACAAGGAACGGGAAACAAAAGUGUUUUACAGCAUUACAGGUCAAGGAGCAGACUCCCAUCCUGAAGGAGUAUUCGGCAUAGAGCGAGAUACUGGUUGGAUGAUUGUUACCCGUCCUCUGGAUCGCGAGGAGUACAGUAAAUAUGUUCUACUGUCUCACGCAGUGUCUGCCAAUGGCAUGUCUGUGGAGGAACCUAUGGACAUCAUUAUUUCUGUGAUUGACCAGAAUGAUAACCGCCCCAAGUUUACCCAGCCUGUGUUUAGAGGAGAAGUUAAGGAAGGUGUUCUGCCAGGUACUCCUGUGAUGAAUGUAUCUGCCACAGAUGAUGACGAUGCUGAAGAAACCGAUAAUGCUGUUCUUGCUUAUUCACUUUUGACCCAAGUGCCUGAGGAACCAGCAGCAGGACUAUUUACCAUCAACAGUGUGACUGGGCUGAUCAGUGUGAUUGGAGCUGGGCUGGACAGAGAGAGAGUUCUGGAGUACACCCUGACGGUGCAAGCUGCAGACAUGAAUGGAACCGGGUUAACAACCACUGCAACAGUCAUUAUAUCUAUACUGGAUGCCAAUGAUAACGCACCCGUGUUCGACCCCAAAACUUACACUGUGACGGUUCCGGAGAAUGAAGUUGGCUUUGAAGUUCAGAGGCUAUCUGUUACAGACCUUGACCAGCAUGGAACGCCGGCUUGGCUUGCUGUGUACAACAUUAAAGGCCCCGAUGCUGGAUUGUUCUCGAUUACUACAGACCCAGAAACAAAUGAUGGCAUAUUAAUAACUGCUAAGGGUCUGGAUUUUGAGCUGAAGAAGCAAUAUGUGCUGCAGAUAUCCGUGGAGAAUGAAGUCCCCUUUACUGUCCUCCUGCCAACCUCCACCGCUACUGUGACUGUGAAUAUAGUGGAUGUUAAUGAAGCUCCCUACUUCGAUCCCAUCAUUAACAGAGUAUCUGUGCCUGAGGAUCUGCCACUUGGACAGAAGGUUGCCUCCCUUUUGGCCCAGGACCCAGACAAGCAGCAGAUCCAAAAACUAAGUUUCAGCAUAGGCAAUGACCCAGCUGGCUGGCUAUCUGUCAAUCCAAACACUGGCAUUGUUACUGGAAACGGCAACCUUGAUAGAGAAUCCGGAUAUGUGAAGAAUAACACCUACACCAUUAUUGUACUGGUGACGGAUGAUGGAGUUCCGUCUGGAACUGGAACUGGAACGCUCAUUAUUCAUGUCGAGGAUGUAAACGAUAAUGGUCCUGUCCCCAGUCCUCGCACCUUUUCAAUGUGUACUAGGGAUCCAGAACCUCAGAGUCUGGUGAUCACGGAUGCGGACAUACCACCGAACACCUUUCCCUUCUCUGUGGAGCUUCUCUAUGGCUCAGAGUCCAUGUGGGUGGCCGAAGCCAUCGAUGAAGGAAAAAACGUGAUUCUGAAACCUGCUGAGGACAUCAAACAUGGAGAAUACAACAUCUACGUAAGGCUUUCUGAUGCCAAGAACCGGCAGCAGCUCACGGUAGUAAAUGCCACAGUAUGUGACUGCAAGGGCAGCAUGGUUCACUGUGCUGCUUACGACGUGGCUGGAUUUGACCUUCCCAUCAUAUUGAUCAUCCUUGGCUCCAUCCUGGCACUGCUAAUCCUUGUAUUGCUACUCCUGCUGUUCUUGAAGAGGAGGAAGAUCGUGAAGGAGCCCUUACUGCUGCCGGAGGACGAUACACGGGACAAUAUCUUGAAUUACAGCGAGGAGGCUGGUGAAGAGGACCAGGACUACGACUUGGCACAGCUGCACAGAGGACUGGAUGCCCGCCCCGAUGUCAUGAGGAAUGAUGUGGUCCCUACGUUAAUGCCUGCUCCCCAGUAUAGGGCUCGACCUUCAGAUCCUCAGGAAAUUGGAAACUUUAUCAAUGAAAACCUCCAUGCAGCAGAUAAUGACCCCACUGCUCCACCCUAUGACUCCCUGCUGGUGUUUGACUAUGAAGGCAGCGGCUCUGAGGCUGCAUCGCUCAGCUCCCUGAAUUCCUCCAGCUCAGACGGAGACCACGAUUACAACUGUCUCACUGACUGGGGACCUCGUUUCAAGAAGCUUGCAGACAUGUAUGGUGAUGACGAUGAUGAUGAUGAUUACUAGGUUAUUGGGGUUUUUCUUCCACACCUUCAGUCCAUGACCUGUCAUUUUAAGGGGGUUUUGGGCACUAUUAAAAUUCUCUGGCCAAUUUGCAUUCUGGUGGGGCCUACAGGAGACAUUUUAUAUGGACUUCU